UGUGUUCAGUUCUUCUGAUUAUUUUUUUUCUUUUUCUGGUUUUAGAUGUUUACUAGAAAACAAGACAAAGAUGCUCAUUAAGAAUGACUUUUUUUUUUCUGCAGUGUAAAUGUAUUAUUUUCUAACAGCUGUUUUUUUUUCCCUCCAUUCUGCUUGUAGCUGGUGCGUGUGCGAUCGUGUCUGCACAGUGUGUGUUUGAUGAUGCAGCCCGUGCAGAUGCUGGAGGUACCAGGCUUCAGGCAGAGGCUGUUGGGCGCGUUGAGUCUGGGCAGACGAAAGCAGUACUGCCUCCCCCACCCGCAGCACACGCAGAGGGAGGGGCUACAUGCAGACGGCACUGCACAGCUCCCUCGAGGCCGCUCCCCCUCCCACCCCGGCACGCUCUGCAGACUCCAUGAUGAGCUGGAGAGCGACAGCGAGCUCCUGUAUCUCUCUUUCGUCACCACCUCCUCUGUUCCAUUGCUCACAUCAUCAUCUGACAGCGAGAGCACAUCGUUGGGGGCGACCAGGCGCUUGCGCAGACGUAAAAGCAGGCUCGGGAGCGGCCAUGGCUUGAGAGAGCUCCUCAUAAUGGGAAAUCAAGACGGAAAGCUCAAGCGCUCCACUGGGGGGGAUGCAGGAGGAGGUGCAGCUGAGGAGUGCGGAGCUCUCCGGGAGAAUGAUGGCACAAAGAAAGGAUUUCACGGGAAGAAAUCCCACGGUAAACAAGGUAAGGGUGGGGAGGGUGGGAAGAAGAAAAACAAAUCGGACUCCAAAUCUGUCUUUCCUCACAUACGGAAACGUAAGAGCCUCGGGAAGGUGAAAGGAUUUCUGGGCAGCUCUAAAGAGGAUGCAUUAGACUCCCAGCACGAUGAACUUGACAGUGUUCCGUCUCUGUGCAAUAAAACGCCGGAUCUGUCCGGAGAUGAGCUCGGCCAGUCGGACGCAGAAUAUGAGAGGCCUCGACUGGUGGCCAACAGCAGGCAGACCGUGCUGGAUGUGACUGGCGGCCCGGAGGAAGAGAAGAAAGUGACGAGCUCCGGAUCGGACAUGGAUAUGUACAGCUUCCACUCGGCUGCAGAACAAGAGGAUCUGUUGGCUGAUAUUCAGCAAGCCAUCCGUCUAAAGCAGAGCGUGAUUCUCGGUGGCGCCGAGCUGUCCUGGGAGAAGGACUGUAAACAAACCGGUUUUAGUGAUGCUAAAAGCACCCCCACCCCGGACUCUGAGACCUUCACUGUGCUGGAAGCACUUAGCAAACGACAAAACGGAAAUGUUAGAAGCAUGCGUCUCUCCCCGCAGCCCACAGAAGAGGAUAGGGCUGUCAAUAGAGAGUCUCGCAGCUCAGAUGUGGCCCUUUGUGCCUCCAUCACUGUGGCAACCAUCACAAAAGAGCCAGAGGCGGCGAGAGAGCCCCCCUUUCCCACAAGCCCCGUUGCCAAGACGACCAGCACCACCAGCUUCCCAGACCUCACAGCUUCAUUUGAAAGCGCUGUGGAAGCCGUCCAAGAGGAAGAAAAUGAAAAUCCCAUGGACGAGUCGCCUAGAGAUGGACCGAGCACGUACACGUUAUCCGCAGGCUCUCUGGAGUGUCUCAGCGCUGUUGAAAUUACCUCCGAACAACCCGAGAACGAGGACUAUGUGCUCACCGUCCAACGGCGGAAGAGUUGCGUGACUUUCUCGCAGCAAGAAAGUCCUCUUGCAACACGGUUGUUAAAGUCGGCGCUGACGUCAUCAACCACAAACGGCGGCAACUCCGUGAAGCCGUACCCCCCUAUCAGCACGUCCUACAUCAAAACCACCACACGCCAACUCAGCUCACCCUUGUGCUCGCCCAUGCCCUCGCCAUCCCGUAGCCCACUGUUCACACGGCGAGGCCACGACUCCCCGGCGACAGUCGCAAGGGCUGAGAGAAGACGAGUAAAGCGGCAGCGAUCAUACAGCAUCACGGGUCCCAUCAGUCGAUCGGCGGACUGGACGGAGGAACUGCGCUCCCUGUCACCCAAAACAGCUGGCUCUGCUGAUUACCUGGAGUACGGUGGCUCAGAGGGCACACUCAGGACGGUCAGUCCAACACAGAAGGCGUCUGUGGGUCAGGCCUCGACCUGCUGCUUCCAGGAAGUUUUCACAGGUCGGACUCUUUUGGACAGGUUUUUCCAGAAGCAGGAUUCAGGAGAGCCAGAGGAAGCGGAGCAGCUAUGCUCCAGGAUUCUGGCGAUGGGUCUUCUGCUUCCAUUUAGUGACUGUUUCAGAGAGACGUACGACAGCAGCGGACACAUCGCACCAAAAUUUGAUCAAGAUCAGCUGUACACAUGGGCCCCAGUGAGUCAGCCGCCUCAGUCACUGGAGCGUUUACCUGGACACCUGAAGAACCUGUGGCCCCCGACCAGACCAGGAGCAGAGGAGCGACCCGAACCCAAAUACACAGAGGCUGCGUUUACAGCGGCAGAGGAAGAGGAGGAGCAUCAAGCUGUCGUUUUAGACUUAACGAAACAUCAGGAAGAGGAAAUCUGGCAAGUUCAGGAGGAGUCUGUGUUGAAGACUGUGCAUUUGAAACAGGAGCACGUCUGUGUGAUCGAACUGUUGGAGCAAACGAUUGAAGACCUGCGUAGUAAAAUCGCUGAGCUGGAGAAACAGCAGCCUCUAGUGGAGCGCGAGGUCAUUACACAGGAUCAGGAGUGCGGCGGAGAGGAAUUCCUCAUCCCGGAUGUCUGCCAUGUGGAUCUGCAGACCGAAAACAUUGCUCUGCUGCCGCUGGAGGCUAAAUCAGUACAGACGUCGCCGGUGGACGAGAGCUUUCGGUUUAAAGUGCCUUCACUGGAGCAGGGCCUCACAGAGACGCCUCUGCCCAGACAGAGUGAGCCCUCGCUGGCUUCAGAAACUGAAUCUGUCCCUAAUCAGGCUGGACCUGGGUCUCAAACUUUUGUGUGCAAAUGCCAGCAGCAGCAGCAGGGCGGUUUAUUGGCUCAAAUCCAUAGUGCACCUCCACCUCCUCCCCUUCCAGGCUCUUCAUUGCCUCCUCCACCUCCUCCCCUUCCAGGCUCUUCAUUGCCGCUGCCGCCUCCACCUCCUCCCCUUCCAGGCUCUUCAUUGCCGCCUCCUCCACCUCCUCUACCUGGAAUGAUUGCACCUCCACCACCACCUCCUCUUCCUGGAAUGACCACUCCUCCUCCACCACCUCCUCUCCCAGGCUCUUCAUUGCCACCACCUCCUCCACCUCCUCUACCUGGUCUAUCUGUGCCUCUCCCUGUCCUUGCUGCAGGAACAGCACCUCCACCACCACCACCACCUCCUCCUCCAGGUCCUCCUGGUCCUCCAUCUCUCGGGGCAUAUGCUCCUCUUCCAUUUGGAUCGGGGUCUCUUCCCCCUCCACUGCCAAUGGGGCUGUACGCGCUCGGAGCAGCGCAGGAGAAACCGCCCCGCAAAUGUGUCAUGGAACCGCCGAGACCCAUGAAGCCGCUUUACUGGACCCGAAUACAGCUGCACACCAAAAAGGACUCGAGUUCUGUUGUUUGGGAGAAGAUCGAAGAGCCAUCCGUGGAUUUUGAGGAAUUCGUUGAACUUUUCUCCAAAACAGCAGUUAAAGAAAAGAAGAAACCUCUUUCAGAUACAAUCAGCCGAUCCAAGACCAAACAGGUGGUCAAGCUGUUAAACACGAAGCGUUCUCAGGCAGUUGGGAUUUUAAUGUCCAGUUUACAUCUCGACAUGAAAGACAUUCAACAUGCGAUCCUGAAUCUUGACAACACGGUGGUUGAUCUAGAGACGUUACAGGCGCUUUAUGAGAAUAGAGCUCAACAAGAUGAACUGGACAAAAUCGAGAAACACGUCAAAUCCUCCAAAGACAAAGAGGGAACUAAACCUCUGGACAAACCUGAACAAUUUCUCCACCAGCUCUCACAGAUCCCUGAUUUCUCCAGUCGAGUCUUCUGCAUUCUCUUUCAGUCGACAUUCUCCGAAUGUAUUUCAUCUGUUCAGCGCAAACUUCACAUUCUGCAGAGAGUCUGCAAGAAUCUUCAGAGUGGUUCCAGCGUCUUGAAGAUUCUCGGUUUAGUUUUGGCUUUUGGGAAUUUCAUGAAUGGAGGGAAUCGCACCCGAGGUCAAGCAGAUGGAUUCACACUCGAUAUUCUGCCCAAACUGAAGGAUGUCAAGAGCAGCGACAACAGUAAAAGUCUGCUGUCAUACAUCGUGUCGUAUUACCUGAGACACUUUGAUGAGGACGCUGGCAGAGAAACGUGCGUGUUUCCUCUCCCAGAACCUCACGAUCUGUUUCAGGCAUCACAGAUGAAGUUUGAGGACUUCACUAAAGAUCUGCUGAAGCUCCGGAAAGAUCUGCGAGCGUGCACGGCAGAGGUAGAGAAGGUUUGCUCCGUCACGACAGAAGAACAUCUGCAGCCCUUUAAAGACGAGAUGGAGAAGUUUAUAAGUGAUGCUAAAACGGAGCUGGGAACUCAAGAGACACAGCUGAGUGACACUCACAAAAUGUUCUUGGAGCUGUGUGUGUUCUUCUCAGUGAAGGCCAAGAGUGGAGAAAAAGAGGCUUCUCCAAACACGUUGUUCUCCGUCUGGCACGAGUUCGCCUCCGAUUUCAAAGAGACUUGGAAGAAGGAGAACAAGGUUAUUUUACAGGAGAGGUUGAAAGCAGCAGAGGAGUGUUUCAGACAAGUGAAGGAGAAAGCUACAUACAGCGUCAAACCCAAACACGCUUCAGGAAUCAAAGCAAAGUUGGGAAUGAAGAUAUAAGACGUCUGUGAUUCCACUUGGUUUGGACUGCAGGAUGUGCAGAUGAAUACUGUUGGGCUCUCACUGGCGUUUGACAUCUUUAAAUCACACACACACACACACACACACACACACACACACACACACUGGUGUAAACAGACACAGGAAGUGCCCUCUGAAUUUGAUGUCAUACCCUGUGAGGUGGUGGCGUGGUGUAGCCUUACGGGAGCAUGAAAUUUGUGACGUUACAUUCCAAAAUUUCCUGUCGCUCUGGAGCCAUAAAAACCGCAGGAGUUGACUAAAUGUACUGGAGCACUUAAGCAAUAUUAUCAAAAAAAUUGUCAGUUUUAUUUUUAAUAGGUGAGAAAAAGAUAAACAGAGACGGAGAGAGAGAACUGUUUUUCUAACGGGUGAGGCGCUUGUAGAUCUUCAUUUUAAACAUCUGUUCACCGUUUCCACUGACAGAAACAAGCUUUUUGUAAUGAACACAGGAGUUAGUGCAGCGUUUAGUCCUACAGUUCUGACCCGGCUUGUUUAACACAUUCAAAGCACAUCAUCAAGUGAAAGACACUCCAGGACCUGAAAGAGACACUGCAGAAUGUGCAAUGUGAUGCAGAACAAUCAGCCAGUGUUCAUCCUCUCUCUGUCUCUGUUCCCGUGACACGGUGAGUUCUGGGGGGUCAGAGGUCAUUCAGGAAGGUCAUUGUGAAAUUAUGCAAGAUUUCUUUCCCUUGUUUUGCUGCAUCAAAACACUCAAUGUAUUUAAAAAUUAUGUUUUUUAAAUGUAAAUGGUAUUAACAUUUUUGUGUAGCAUUGUUUGUUUUUAGCAUGUCUGUGUUGGCGGUGUGGAUCAUACUCGAUGCAGGAUGGAUGUUUGCCCUUUAUGUGCAAUAACUGUUUGUAUCUUUCGUUUUUGGGAACUGUGUAAUUUAUGUAAAAUAAAGGGAUUCAUAAAAUCACUCAUUUUAUUGUUUCACAUGAUUUGAGAUUUUUACUUGAACACACUCGCCACAUUGCACAGGUGAGCUGCAGUUGCAUAAUUAAAUAUGUUUUCAAAUCUGAUUAAUCCAGAGUCUCUGUUCUAAAAGCUAGUGUUUUAAGGCAUUAUUGACUGCGCACAUUUCCAACGAGAAGACUGUUCCUGAAAGUGGGUAACUUUAUUGUGCUGUUCAUUUUGGCCAGAUUCUACCGUAAAAUCAUGCGAGUCCUUCCCCGUGAAGGCCAAUGCAGAAUGUGCCAUGAUGAGCUCCGUGGAAAAACAAAUCCAAGAUGCCGGAUGAAGGGAGAGAAGUUUUGGUUAUAAAUAUACUUAUCCAUUCAAUAAAAGUGUCAAUAAAAAUAGUAGAACAUU